AUGGCAGAGGCCGGUGGUCCUGUGCGGCUGCUGGAGGUCUGCGGGCAGAGGCUCUCCCGGUUCCUCUACGAUGCCGAGCACAAGCACUUGGCCUGGCUGUGGGAGGCGGAGGAGCAGGGCAGGAGGAUGCUGGAUAGCGACUUUGGGGCUGAACCUGCAUUAAUGCCCAAAACACCAUCACAGAGGAGACGUCCCAAGAAAAGGCAGUCCUCCUGCCUGAACGAUGAAAAUAAGGAACCAAACAGGAGGAGGUUGUCCAGAAGAAGAAGCAGCAGCAAGGCAGCGUUUUCCAAGCCAAGCUCCCAGAGGCGCUGCAGCAAAGAGCAGCCCUGUGACCCCAGCUGCCUGGGGGAAGGGGUGUCCGUGGCUGACGCUGCAGCGAGGCCUCAGGGCAGUGUCACAGCCCAGCAGCCAGUGGAGGCACAAGUUCCCACGGUGCAGGGGGGCUGUCAGGGCUGCCCUUGGGGACCUGACGAUGGCAGCGAUGCAGCAGGGAAGCAGUUGCCAUCAGGGAAUGCAGCUGCUGAGCUGCAUGGGGUAUCUUCUGUCGCUGGGAUCCACAGUGGCCAGACAGCAGGGGAGGAGGCCCCCAAAAGAGGAGCAAGUACCUCCACUCCCAGAAAAGGAGAUCCUGCCAUGCUCCAAGGAGAUCAGUCUCCUCAAGGCCUCGAAAAGGUGCUUUUCCAGGACUCUGACAGCAAAAUCACUACAGUGACAAACAAAAUGCGCCGUUGCUCUGGACGCCGAAUCUUUGUGGGUGGCCCCCGCAAGAGCCAUCGGGCCUCCUUGGCAGAAAAAUAUUCUCUGGCCAGCAAAAGAGAGAGCAUGAUCCGGAGGUCAAUCAGCAGGGCUGUGUCAAAGAAGGCAGCAGCGCAAGAAUCAUCAUCUGCCUCCAGCAGAGCGAGCUGUCAGAGCUCCUUGGAGGUUUUUGUGGAAGAAGAUGUGACCAGCAGCAUGAGACCUGGACUGGAACUGAACUGUCCAAGUGAAAAGACUCCUGAAGGUGUCCUUGUUUCGAGCAGAAGCGUACAAGCUGCCAUCCCUCCUGCACAGCACUUGCCUCCUCCUGAGCAGCAGGCAGGGAACAAGGAAGGAGGCUGUGUCAAUCUGAAUGGUAAGACCCGGGAUGAGAGCCAGGAGCAGCGCUGCUGUGCCAAGCCCCAGGAGCACCCCUCGCGCAUCUGGACGAGAAGCUAUAAACAAGCCAUGGGUGUAACCUGGAAUGGGCAGCAGCCAGGGAACCAUGCCCUCUCCCCUUUGGAUGACAAGCACAAGAGUUCUGCAAACCGGACUCCACCUUCCUCCUCUCCAGCUAGGAUGGUUGUUAGACCAUUGAAAAACUUCCUGCAGGCUGUGCAAAGAAACCAGCUGCUGGCCAGCCCAGGGCCCACAGGACGUGUCAUAAAGAACUUCAUCAAGCGCAAUACUUCCACCCGACCUGAUCUGAAGGGAGACUUUGUUGAGAAGGAGCGCCAGAGACUGGAAAGUCUCAAGAAGAAGCAGGAGGCUGAGGAACAGAGGAGGAAGAAAGUGGAGGAGGAAAAGAGACGGCGGCAGGCAGAAAUGAAGCAAAAGAGGGAAGAGCGUCUGAGGAAGGCCCUGCAGGCUCGGGAGCGGGUGGAACAAAUGGAAGAGGAGAAGAAAAAGCGGAUGGAGCAGAGGAUUUUACAGAAUGACGAGAAGGUGCGCACCUCUCAAACGCGGGAGGAGAAGGUGGCGGAGGAGCGGAGCAGGAAAAAGCUGUCGAAGAAGCAUGGGGAAGCUGAUGUGCAGAAGCAGAAAGGGCCAAGGCUGGAGAAAGAUGAAUUUGAGCAGCAAGAGCCACUGCAGAGAAGGAGAGAGGAUGAAGUAAAAGGAAAAGUCUUGGAACUGAAAAGUCUUUUAGAGCAGCAACAGGUGGAAGAAGUGAAGGAGAGGGGUCACAAACAGCGAGGGAAGGAGAAGGCCCCCCAGCCACAGCUGGAGUCAGCACUGUGCGCUGAGAAAAGCGUAAAGGAAGAAGACGGUCUGCAGGAACCCCAGCAGUGGCUGGGAGAGGAGAAGAAAAUCAAGCAGCUAGAAGCAUGGACGGCUGCCUCUGGCACAUGGCUGAGCAGAACAGUGAAGAAAUCGAUCUCCACACCCUACCUGGAGCUCCCAAAGGGCACAGAGGGAUCUAGGUCCCCAGAGGUGGACAGAAAUAACUACGGGAUGGAUCUGAACAGCGAUGACUCCACAGACGAUGAGAACGAACCUCGGAAGCCUGUCCCUGCCUGGGCAGAUGGAGCUCAGCUUAACGAAGCCAUUGUACACCAGUACUAUCACCCAGUAAACGUUGACCAGAUCUUUGGGCUAAUUCCAAGCCCUAAGCUGGAGGAUAUUUUUGGCAAGAGCAAGCCUCGAUACUUCAAGCGCACGAGCUCGGCAGUUUGGCAUUCCCCGCCUGGGACCAAAACUGCCUGUGGCCCAUCUUGCAGCUUCAAAAACUGAGAACACACAAAGCAAUGUGUUUUAUGACAAUGUGGUGUAUUGGUUUGUUUUCUUAGUGUCCAGUGUGUUUACAAUUUUAAGUUUGCUUUUUGUACAAAAAUGAAAAUAUUUAAUAAAGA